CACCUUCCCCAAGGGCACAGAGGUCAUCACUCGCAACCAGGUGCGCUUGGCUGAGGUCUGGAUGGAUGGCUACAAGAAGAUCUACUAUCGACGAAACAAGAAUGCUGCAGUUAUGGCCAGUGAGCACAACUAUGGGGACAUCUCUGAUCGUCUGAAACUGAGAGAGCAGCUGCAGUGCAAGAACUUCACCUGGUACCUAAACACAAUCUACCCAGAGAUGUUUGUUCCAGAUGCAAACCCAGAAAAAUCUGGAUCAAUUAGAAACUCAGGAUCUCAAACCUGUCUGGAUGCUGGAGAGAACAACCAAGGAGAUAAACCUAUGAUCAUGUUCCAGUGCCACAACAUGGGACGCAACCAGUACUUUGAAUACACAUCUGAAAAGGAGCUGCGCCAUAACAUUGGAAAGGAGCUGUGUAUUCAUGCUACUCCCCAUCCAGAGCCAGUGAAGCUUGAGUUUUGCCAGCUGAAGGGAAAGGGCACCAGUGUGGCACCACAACAGGAGUGGGUCUUGACAGAGGUGAGGAGCAGUUGUGGCCAUGCUUAAAGAAAAGUCUGUGAUUUUUGGGAAAUAUGCCUGUGUGUUUGGCUGCUGAGAUUUAAAUGAGACAAUUGAUCACUAUUGUAUCUGUCG